UUUUUUAGUUUCAGAUGCGUGGGAGCCUCGCUGCGGCUCUUGAAUGCAACAUUGAUACACGGUCAGCGGCUUGAACUUUGGACCAACUCACGCCGCUCCGAUAGACUGGGUAAACCCAGCCCAGCCCGAUCUGCCUGCGAUUCAGUCUUAAAAGAUUGAACUUGGUCUGGUGAUAGCCAGACUCCGAGGCAGGACAGAAGAGAAUUGGGAACAACAUGGCCGGGCCUCCUGUUGUUAUAUGGGACCAGGACGUGGAGGGUCUGUUGCAUUACAGAGAGCUGGUCCCCCGUCUGGAGGAAGCUUUGGGCAAAUUCUCCAGACGAGACAGCACAGAGGUGAUCCAGCCUGUUCGCACCACGCUGACCCUGCAGAAACACCACGGCUUCUUGGGAUUGAUGCCUACAUACAUGGAGAACGAUGGAGUCCUGUGCACAAAGUUUGUGUGUUUCUACAAAAGAGAGGAUGGUUCUUCUUUGCCAGCUACGCAGGCCACACUGGUGCUGCUGGAUCCAGAGUAUGGGAAUGUAAAGGCUGUCAUGGAUGGAGAGCUCAUCACAGGCAUGAGGACAGCUGCAGUCUCGGCCAUCUCUGCUAAGCUGCUGAUGCGUCCUGAAGCAGAGGUGUUGGCCAUCUUGGGUACUGGCAAACAGGCCUUGAGUCAUUACAAUGCCUUCACAGACAUGUUUUCAUUUAAAGAGGUGCGUGUGUGGAGCCGCACAAGACAGAAAGCGGAGAGGUUUUGCCGCUCUGUCAGCGGUCCGGUGACGGUAUGUGUCUCAGUGCAGGAGGCAGUGAGGGGAGCAGACGCCAUAGUGACGGUAACCAGAUGUACAGAGCCAGUGCUCUUUGGUCAGUGGGUCAAACCAGGAGCCCACGUGGCAGCGGUGGGGGCUUGCAGGCCAGACUGGCGGGAGCUGGACGACGUGUUGAUGAAGGAGGCAGUGGUGUACGCUGACAGCAGGGAGGGAGCAAUGGCCGAGUCCGGUGACGUCAUCCUCUCUGGGGCUGAGGUGUUUGCAGAGCUUGGAGAUGUUAUUAAUGGGACAAAAACUGCCCACAGAGAGAAGACAACUGUGUUCAAAUCCCUUGGAAUGGGAGUCGAAGAUGCAGUUUCUGCUCAGCUGGUAUUUGACCAAUGGAAAGCAAAAACCAGCCAACCGUGAAGUAAAGACUGUGCCUAUAACUAUAAUAUUCACUGCAUAAAUCUGUGGUCUUAUUAUUGUGCUUAAACUUAAUUCCAUAUCUACACACAUUAUCUAACUCCCAAAACACAGUUGAUCAAAGCUCUUUAUCAUACACUCCCUUUUGCACUCCUGUCCAGCAAAAAAACUUCCUUUUUGUGGCUUUUCCUUCUCCCAACAUGUCUGCACUGCAGCACCCUUUUUGUUGGAUGGUUAUCUGGACAGAGUCAUACAUGGGCUUGCAAAAGUAUUCAUACCCCUUGAACUUUUCCACAUUUUGUCAUGUUACAACCACAAACGUAAAUGUAUUUUAUUGGGAUUUUAUGUGAUAGACCAACACAAAGUGGCGCAUAAUUGUGAAGUGGAAGGAAAAUGAUACAUGGUUUUCAAUCUUUUUUUUACAAAUAAAAAACUGAA